GUCUGGUCACUUGACUCCUUGAGGGAGAGGAAGAAGGAGAGAGCACUCGCAGGCCAUUGGCCGUGAUGCGUUUGCUCCCGACACCUGAGACCCAGUGAACAGAGGAGCGUGCGUGUAGGUUGCAGGAUCAACCAGACUUAAUGAAGCAACUUCUGUGAGGAAUGGAAAUGGAUACCAGCAAGGAUGCUACAAACCAGCCACCCACAGUUGACAAAGGGAACAAGGAACUACAGUCCAAGUUGAUUGCGGUGGAUUCCGAGGGUUUCUCAAACGUGGAUGAAGAUCUAAGCCCAGAGGAGGCAGAAUGUUUAGAGUACCUGCUGCAGACAAUCAACACCGUGGAAGGGGAGCUCUCACAAGAGGAUGAAGGUGCUGAGGACCAGUACAACAGCAGUGUCUGUGACCAUAUGCAGGAAAGUACCUCCAGGAAGGCUGCCCCAUCCCAGCCUGUUUCUAAGGCGAAAAUGAUCAAAUCCUUUUCAGAGGCAUCCAUUGACCUUGGUCUGAGGAGAAGGCCUGACCCUCAUUGUCCUGAAGCCAAAAGGUCUCCUGCGCCCAUCUCUCCUUUGAGGAAAUUUGACACGAUACUGAAGUCUGGGGUCAAUGUUCAAGAACUUCGCUCUCACUUCCUCCUCCAGCUUGACAGCUCUGCUGAGGUCAAGGACGCCAGAAAAGCUGCUGUAAGAACAAUUAAGCAAUCUCAGCUGUUCUCUGGACAACAGAAAUCCCCUCGGGAUGAAGCACUGAGGAAACUGGGCCUGCUUCAGAGAAAUGCCAGUUUUCCUCAUGCAAAUGGCCCUCCUCCUGCGAUCCUGUCAAGUCAGCAUGCCCAGAGGCCCCUCACUGAGGUACUGAAUUCUGAGGCAACUCUGAGCGCCGUAAAUACCUCUGGAGAGCCUGUAGACAGACAAAUUGGUCCUACCGCCCAAGAAAAAAGUGCUUCCUCUCUAAGGAGUUGAACUCUUUGAGUGGUUAAGGGACUCCUUUGGUAUUGAAAUAACACUCCAGAGUCCCUUCCUCACACACUGAACGGCAUCGUACAAGAUAAAUGCAUAAUUAAAACAGUCAAGUUUUAUAUGUGGUCUCUUCUGAUAAGAGGCACUCCGUGGUCGUAGGCUGAGGUGGGGGUCUCAGAGGGGUUGAUUGCUGAGCUAGACAUCGGGAAUGCUGCUUUUUGAAAUCUCAGCACUGGCAGAACUUAUGUAAUUAUACCCCUGAAGCCCCUUUAUGUGCCAACUCCUUUUAAAGACGUUCGUUAUAUAAAUGCUCAAGCACCUUCUCUGCUAACUCCUGGGGCUAUAAAGCCAGAAUAAUUGUGUCAAAGAAACUCUCACUUCUGGCUUGGUUUUGACGUGAGGGGAUUGCAUUUGGCGAAAGUGGUUUUCCGGUUAUUUCCACUUAACUUUGGGCUAAUCAACUGAGCUGGAGUUCAGUAACAGCACUUUAUUUUCAGUCUUGCUUGAUGACACAUUCUUGUCUAGUGCCUCCAUUUCUCCCUCUGUGGAAUGGGGUAAUAUCAUAGCAAAACAGUGUGAAACUAAGACACUGGGAGUUAGUCUCACACAAAGAUCCAUAGAGGAACACACACUGAAAUGGACAAUUAAGUAUCUUCAGUGUUAAUUAUUCAUGACUGAUGAAGUGUCAAAAAACUGAGUCCCUUAAGUGCAGUUUCUUGUUCUCUUACACAUUGGUUCAGACUUCAGAAGAAGGAGCAAAAGAGUUUGGAUUUAUGUCCCCCGCCCCUUUCUCUCUUGAAAGGAGACUCAGGCCCCUUUCACACAGGCCAAUAAGCAUGAUUGAAGGACGCUUUUAAAAACCAUUUUGGAGGGGAGCUUUGCACAAAUCCUGCCCCCCAAACGAGUCUGCCCCAUGUUAUUUCCC